GAAGAGCUCUCGCACUUCAUAUUCACCUACGACGUUGCCUGCAUCUACAAGAUCAACCUGCGCAAGCGGUUUGGCGACCGUUUCCCGCACCUCGUCCCCUUACUUGACCGGAUCCAGCUCCUCUUGCCGAAACUGCACAUGCUCGCUCACAAAGAAUUCUGCCAAAUCGUAUACGCUCUGUGUUACUCCUGGGGCGCAGGACUAUCGCACGGUGAGAGUGUCGAGCAUCCAUGGGCCGAACACAACCAAGUGGGGUUAAGCACGCGUGAAAUGAGUGUUGGACACCGCCACGAUACACUUAACGCCGUCCACAACCACUGGAACUGGUGUAAAGUCGAGACUCAAGGU